UGUUUUAUUUCAGUAUUGAUACGAACACUGAGGUGUUCGCUAUAAAUACUUUUUACUAUUUUUGUUAUUUUUAGUUUAUGUUCGUUAUGUCUAGAGUGUGAUUAGUGAAGACUUAGCAGUGAACUAGUAAAAAUGCCGGUGCAGCAGCUGGAAGAUAAACUAGAAAACUUCAAAGUGGUGGCAGUAAAUGAUGAUUUGAAUUCGGCCAAAAAGCCAAAUUUGAAAGGAGAUUGGUUGAAUAUUUUCCUAUUAUUGAUGCUGUAUACGAUGCAAGGCUUAGCGUUUGGUUUAGGAUCGGUAAUGCCAAUUAUUUUGCAAAGCAACAAAUAUGUGUCUUACAAUGAUCAAGCUAUAUUCAGUUUAGUUGAAUGGCCGAAUAGCUUAAAACUUAUAUGGGCCCCUUUGGUAGACGCACUGUACGUACAAAAGAUGGGCAGACGAAAAUCUUGGCUGAUACCAGUCCAAUAUUUAAUGGGAGCAUCCUUUAUUUAUUUGGCCUGCAAUAUCGACGAAUGGUUGCCGGAUACGCGUAAACCGGAUAUAUUGAAAUUGGUAUCAGUACUUUUCUUCACGAACUUCUUGGCCUCUACGCUAGACAUAGUCGUCGACGGUUGGUCACUAACAAUGCUCAAGCGGAAUAACGUAAGCUAUUCAUCUACAUGCAAUGUAACCGGUAUGGUGAUGGGUGUGAUGAUAAGUUAUAUGUUUUCAGUCUUAUUUACAUCAGAAGACUUCAGCAACAUGUAUUUACGGUUCAGGCCAGAUGUGGGAGGACUAUUCACUAUGAAGGGUUUAUUGUAUGCUUGGGGUAUUCUUUUUAUAAUAAUAACUACAUUGGUUGCAAUUUUUAAAAAAGAAAAAGAUAACAGAUUAGAGGAAGACCACGUAAAGCUCAACAUUAUUCAAAACUAUUCACUUCUAUGGGACAUUUUAAAACUACCUAGUAUUCAAUUAUUGGCAUUAACAUUGCUGACAGCAAGGAUUGGAUUUGCUGCAACUGACAGUCUAUCGAUUUUAAAACUCAUUGAUGCGGGAAUACCAAAAGACAACAUUAUGGUUGUACACACAUCAAUUUUAGUCGUAAAAAUUAUUAUGCCACUUUUUUUAGCGAAAUACACUUCUAGCCCAAAACCUUUGAACGUGUACCUAACAGCAAAUCCUAUCAGAUUACUUUGGAAUAUUUCAUUUUUGGCAUUAAUUUAUUAUACACCAGAAUUGAUAACAAUAAAUGGGUUUGUUAAUAUUCCAGUAUAUUACAAUGCACUUUUCGCAUUUAUAUUAUCAAUACAUAAGAUUCUACCCUACAUUAUGACUUCAUCUAUAAUAGCUUUUUUCUGUCAAAUAAGUGAUUCACGUUUUGGUGGUACCUACAUGACAUUAAUGAAUACAUUUUUCAAUUUGGGAGGAGCGUGGUCGUCUUCGGUCGCCAUUGGAAUGGUAGAUUUCUUAACGUUUAAAGCAUGUUCUUCAGAUCACCAGAAUAAUUGCUCUACAGCAAAUUUAAAAAACAUGUGUAAAACCAAUGGAGGAGAUUGUGUUGUUAUAGUGAACGGUUAUUACGUAGAAACGGCCGUGUGUUCCAUAAUCGGAAUCGUUUGGUUUUGCAUUUUCAGAAUUAUCCUUAAAAAUUUUCAAAUUAUGGGCCCUUCUCAUUGGUUGGUUAAUAUAAGGAGACCUUCCAGUGAGUAAAAUUAAAUAAUAAUUGUUAAAUGAAUAUUGCUCAAUACCCAUUUAGCCGUAGUGAUUAACAUUUAAAGUCCUAAAUAUAUCUAUUGUGAAUAAUUUAUU